UCUUGAAUUGGAUUUGAUCCCCUCUCCAUAUCCCGCCCUUUCAAAAUCUUCAGGAGCACAAGUUGGCCGAGAUAGUCGUAGCAUCCGGUGGCGAUUCGGUUUACUUUCCGGUGAAGCUGGUUACUAUACCCUUUCAAGUGGAGGAAGCAUAGGAUGAUGGUACAAGUGCAAAGGAUAUUUUAGAAUGUGCUCUUAGAGAAAUUGGUACGAGCACAUCAAUCAAAAAUUCCUUUUUUCCCAACCCCCAUAAAUAUGUCACAAAGGGCUUCGUUAGAACACUCACAAGGAGAACUAGAGCCUCUUCAUCAUCCUUCUCUCUCAGAACUAGAAACUCUACGAGAAAAAAUGGUGAAGUUCUCCAAGCAAUUUGAAGGGCAGCUCGUCCCUGAAUGGAAGGAUGCAUUCGUCGAUUACUGGCAGCUUAAGAAGGACCUCAAAAAAAUCCAUCUCCUCAACUCUAACAACAACAAAAACUCACCUACUAGGCACCAAAGUAGCCCCUCUUUAUCCAACACCCUCUUCACUUCUAUAAGGAAGUUCUCUCCAUUUGGCCAUCCACAUAGAGAACAUGACCUCAUACAUGUUCACAAGAAGCUUGCCUCAUCCGCAAGCAAGGAAGACAUGUAUGAGACUGAAUUGUUAGAACAAUUCGCCGAUACUGAUGCUGCGAAAGAGUUUUUCGCAUGCCUCGACCUUCAGCUGAACAAGGUGAAUCAGUUUUUCAAAACAAAGGAGAAAGAGUUCGUGGAGAGAGGGGAGUCCUUGAGGAAACAAAUGGAUAUACUCAUUGAGCUCAAAACCGCCUUCAAGAAACAGCGCGGUAAAGGAGCUUUUGCACUGAACUCCAAGGAGGAUAUCUCCAUGUCAUGCUCCUUCUCGUCUGAUGAGGACUCUGUUAAGGGCAAAACAGAGCAAGAACAGCCGCAAGACAGCACAGAUGACUUGGAGAAAAAUGAAGCGGCAUACUCGGAAGGAGGCGAAUUGGGAAAAUCAAUGAGAACGAAAAGUGAAGAUAUUGGGAAGCUAAGGAGCAUGUCAAGUCGUUCUUUCAGCUUCCAAGGGAAGAACUUGAAGAUAAACAUUCCUCUAACAAAUCCAUCGCGUACUUUCUCAGCGAUCAGUUACGUAGUUUGGGAAGACCUGGUGAAUCAGUCCUCGAGGAAAUGCGGUGCAGACGGAGGUAAGCUGCACAUCAACAAAACCAAGUUGCAUCAUGCGGACAAGAUGAUCCGAGGCGCUUUCGUUGAGCUCUAUAAGGGGCUGGGAUAUCUGAAAACUUACAGGAACUUGAACAUGCUUGCUUUUAUAAAGAUUUUAAAGAAGUUUGACAAAGUCACUGGAAAACAAGUGCUUCCAAUUUACCUAAAAGUUGUGGAGAGUUCCUACUUCAACAGCUCCGAUAAGGUGAUGAACUUAGGAGAUGAAGUUGAGGAGCUUUUCAUCAAACACUUUGCCGAAGAAGACCGACGAAAGGCCAUGAAAUACCUUAAACCGACGCAGCGCAAAGAAUCACACUCCAUAACGUUCUUCAUUGGUUUAUUCACGGGAUGCUUUAUUGCGCUCUUAACCGGAUACGUCGUUAUGGCUCAUAUCACGGGAUUGUACAGACGGCAGCCAAAAUCGGUCUAUAUGGAAACUGCCUACCCUGUACUUAGCAUGUUCAGCCUACUGUUUCUACACUUCUUCUUGUACGGUUGCAACAUUUUCGCGUGGAGAAAGGCGCGUAUAAAUUACAGUUUCAUCUUCGAAUUGUCCCAGACGAAGGAGCUAAAGUAUCGAGAUGUGUUCUUGAUCUGCACCAUGUCGUUGACUACUGUGGUGGGAGUCAUGUGUGUUCAUUUGUUACUGCUAACAAAAGGCUACUCAUAUGCCCAAGUUCAAGCAAUCCCUGGCCUUCUUUUACUGACGUUUCUCCUGUUACUUGUAUGCCCCUUCAACAUCAUUUACCAAUCAAGCCGCUUCCGCCUUCUUCGUGUGAUAAGAAAUAUCAUUCUGUCACCUCUGUACAAGGUCGUCAUGCUGGACUUCUUCAUGGCAGAUCAACUUUGUAGUCAGGUACCGAUGCUUAGGAAUCUCGAGUAUGUGGCAUGUUACUACAUAACUGGAAGCUACAAAACUCAGGACUAUGGCUACUGCAUGAGGGCAGGGCACUACCUAGAUCUUGCUUAUGCCGUGUCCUUCCUACCCUAUUACUGGAGAGCAAUGCAGUGCGCUCGGCGGUGGUUUGAUGAGGGUCAGACAAGCCACCUGGUGAAUCUAGGCAAAUAUGUGUCAGCAAUGUUAGCAGCCGGAGCUAAAGUAGCUUAUGAGAAAGAACGGAGCAUCGGAUGGCUCUGUCUUGUUGUGAUCAUGUCGACUUUUGCAACAGUUUACCAAUUGUAUUGGGACUUUGUAAAGGAUUGGGGUUUGCUACAAAUGAAUUCCAAGAAUCCUUUGCUUAGGAACGAAUUAAUGAUUCGCCGAAAGUUCAUAUACUACAUCUCAAUGGGAUUGAACCUUUUUCUCAGGCUAGCUUGGUUGCAAACUGUUCUCCAUUCAAGUUUUGGACAUGUGGACUACCGAGUAACCGGGCUGUUUUUAGCUGCUCUUGAAGUCAUCAGAAGAGGGUUGUGGAAUUUUUUCAGGUUGGAGAAUGAGCAUCUAAAUAAUGCAGGCAAGUUUAGAGCAGUUAAGACUGUACCACUGCCUUUUCAUGAAGUGGAUGAACAAGACUGAUGCCCCAUUGGCAACAGUUGCAGAUAGAAUUCGAUGUUUAGGCGUUUUCGGAACAAAUGUUUCCAAGAGGAAGAACCUUGUUGUUGAGAGCUCGUUCCAAAGUUGAUGUAACAAGACACAUCAACUUUGUCAUCUCUUUUUGUUCGAUCGGUGGAUUUGAGGGGAACAUUUGUUCAUACUUACACAAAAAAUUUCCUUCAUCAAUGAAAAGAAAAGGAAAUUGAUGCAAAGUGCAAA